AUCCUUCUCAGAAAAGAAGUAACGCGUUGUCUUGUGAAACAGUAUCGAAUUUACCCAUCCGACACCUUUGAGGAGCGUUUCAUGCCUAAUACAAUAGGCCAGAAUGAACGCCACGUCACUACUCGACUUCGGAUCGCCCAGUUUCAAUUUUACAAAUUGCUCGUCGGCGGUCUCGAUCUGGCUGUACUUGCAGCCAGUCGUAGAUACCGACAUGAUCGCGCCCAACGAUGAUUACAGAGACCCGCACAAAAUCUAUGCGUAUAUCAUCGAAAGCCUUGAUGGAUAUCUGCAACAUAACUCUGUUCAAAAACCCCCUAUGACGGACGAAUUCUGGGUGUGGACUCAGAGAGAUAGCAGGCUUGAUCAAACCGCUGCGGAAUACGCUUACAAAACAUGUGUCCAAACUCUGUGCCGGGCGGUCGGCUGGAAAGGCAAUCCUGACAUGGUUGGCAUCGGGAUGCUCGUCACCUACCUGAUGCAACAGCUACUCAUCUCGCUUUACCUGUACCCGAUUGUCAGGACCCGUCUUGGAAUAAAGCCGAACAGGACAGAUAGAAAGUCCUUCAUCUCACGGACUUUGCUUGCAAUGCGACUAUCGACUACGGCCUUUCUUUCUGCGUCUGCUGUAUUCUCGAUAGCUUUGCUGUUGGCAUCCAAUAUCACUAUGGCGCAACAAGAGUCGACAUCGGUUCUUGCAACGUUCGUCCUAAGUGCUGUGGUGCCUCUCAAUUCAGUUUUCCCUGUCAUUAUACUACAGUUGGCUACACCGGGUACGUUUCGGCGUCUGAAAGGAAGGCUUAUGCUAUGGGGAGUAAUCGACGUGCUUAUCCUGGUACUGGUGAUUCGCGGCAUCUUUGUGCUUGUGAUGACUACAGCCGAAGAUAGUACGCAAAUUGGCGGUGAUCCAAUAGGCCAGAAGGCUUGUGUGGACAUGGACUUCGCGCCUUGGGUUUAUCUUUGUUGGGCGACCGCCGCUCUUUUGGUAAUCGGUCUCACUGUCUUUGUAGUAGGCUCUCUUCUUUCCGUUCUGCGCCACCGGCCAUCAGUAUUCGUACGGUUCCCAUCAUGGACGUCAUGGACCAUCCUUUUCGUCUCGUUCUUCGCCAUGCUGUUCUUCAACAUUUGGCUCGUCUAUGUAACCAUCCGGAUACGAGCACGAGCUGGAGCCUAUAAUAAAGAUAGCGAAUGGACAUUUGGACAGAUCUUGGCGCUCGCUACCUGGGUGCCCUUCCUAGCAGAAUUCGCAUAUACGUGGUUGGAGGAGCCAGAGGACGCGUUGAAUGGAAGACUACCGGCACCAUACGAAGUUGUGGUCGCAUCAACAAUAGAUGAUGCGUUUGGGACAGAACGACCGGGCAUCGAGCAAGCACGAGGUCAGUUCCAACGGCUUGCAGCAACAGAUUUGCCUUCGUUCGAGUCCAGUAAAGCUCCGACCUGGCCGUUCAAGACACAUUGACAUUCAAAGACUUGCUCACGUUAUUCUAAUGCGCUGAGUUUGUAUCAUAAGCAGGCGAGUGGUGGGAAGGCGUUUUAACAUCUACUUUGUGUAACUCCAGAAUCAUCAUGCAGCUCCUUACAAUGGUACGAUUGAGCUUCUAUGCAUGAAGACGGUAACCAUGAAUACAAAAACGGAGAUGCCUUCUCAUAAGUCGAAUACGGUGUGUGAUAGCCGCCUGUAGGUACCCUGACCGAGUCAGUGUUAAUGUCUCUGCAGGUGUUACCUAACGACAGAACCAUACCUAGAUAGGGAUGUAUCCCGCGCACAGCGACGCCAUCUUAUCGAUGUCUUUCUGCAUUCGUAGAUAGAAUUGAGGUGAAUAAAAUCCGUCUAGCCCGUCUGAUUACAGUUUUGGAU